AUGUUUGUCUCAUCUUUACCGAGCUGUGCUUCCCUCUGCGGAACGGAAACCCUCCCUUGCCCCUGGCCAGAGCCUGGCUUCCCCCUCGCCUUGAGGCGCUUCAGUGGGCGCAGGGACCCAAAGGUUGUCACUCUGCCUUGCGCGGGGCGUCUGGGGGCAGCUGCUGCCGCAGGGGGUUCUGAGGCUGAUGAACUGGUCUUACUGACUUGUCUUGUGAUCUCUUUAUCUUCAGCUGCUCAAAUAAAGAAUUUGAUGAGCCAGCUGGGAACCAAGCAGGAUUCCAGCAAGCUUCAGGAGAACUUACAACAGCUACAGCAUUCUGCAAACCGCCUUGCCAAAGAGACCAAUGAAUAUCUAAAGGAGCUGGGGUCUCUACCACUUCCUCUGUCUGCUUCUGAACAGCGCCAACAGAGGCUUCAGAAAGAACGUUUAAUGAAUGACUUCUCCGCGGCCUUAAAUAACUUCCAGGCAAUACAGAGGCGAGUGUCAGAGAAAGAAAAAGAGACUGUAGCAAGGGCAAGAGCUGGCUCUCGUAUCUCUAUGGAGUGUGGAAGUACCUAUACUCAGAGAAAGAGCCAUACUUUCUUUCCAUCUUUUUCCAGUGGUGAAGAUUGGAAUCAAAUGCAGUCUCAGGAAGAAGAUGUGGCAAUAACCGAACAGGACCUUGAACUCAUUAAAGAAAGAGAAACAGCAAUCAGGCAAUUAGAGGCAGACAUUUUGGAUGUCAAUCAGAUAUUUAAGGAUUUAGCCAUGAUGAUUCAUGACCAAGGAGAUAUGAUUGACAGCAUAGAGGCAAAUGUGGAAAGUGCAGAAGUCCAUGUGGAAAGAGCCAGUGAGCAGUUACAGAGGGCUGCCUAUUAUCAGAAAAAAUCCCGUAAGAAGAUCUGUAUCCUGAUUCUUGGUCUUGCUGUGGCUUCUAUAAUCAUAGGAUUCAUUAUCUGGCAGAUGACAAAAUGAAAUCUUCACAUGGAACCUAGUCUCAUUGCUGAGAUUUUUUUUUUCCCUCAGAGCGAACAGGCUGACUAGUCUCGGAAAUGAAUUGACCACCCUGAGAGAGCACAAGCUGGAACUACUUCUAGUAAUAGAUAUUAGCAACUAAUGUGCAGAUAACUAGUAUUUGGAAUUAGUGAACCAUGGAGACAGUUAUUUAUCAGUUUAUAUACAAAUUAUAUUGUUUUACGUAACUAAAAUCUUGUGGUUUUGCUUUCUGUAAUGUAUUAUUCCCUGUCCCAACUGUAUGCUGAAGUGUGAUCAAUAAUUGGAGAUGUCUUGUUUUUGCCAAGUGACACAACUUUAACAUUUUAUAUGUAUAGGUAACUUUGUUGGACUGGAAUAAGAAUGAAUGACAUUGAAAGAGGGCACAACACCAAUUCACAUUUCCUUAAUCCAGCAGUUUCUAAAGUCUCCAGUAUCUGCCCCAUGGUUUUAUUAGUCUCCAAGUGGCUGUGGCUCUAGGUCCUCUUGAAGAGAAAGAUGUUGUUAAGGAUUUGAAAAGCAAGGAGAAGUAUUCAUGGAUGAUAGUUGGAACCACUGCAUGCUGGUCAGUUUAGCCUUGAGACUC